AUGGAACAACCUAAACCUCAUAAAGCACCUGGCUUUGAACUGGGUAUUUGUGAGGAUCGCAAUAAACGAUGCCGUAGAACCAUGGAAGACGCACACACCUUCAUCUUUAAUUACAUGGGUGUACCACGUCAAGGCUUUUUUGCUAUUUUUGAUGGCCACGCCGGAAAAGCAACUGCUGAAUGGUGUGGUGCCAAUUUCGAUAAAGUACUGGCCAACGUCAUUCAGUCGAGCCAAGACGAAUCUGUACCGGAAAUUUUAAACAAGGCCUUUUUGGCCGUUGACGGAGAAGUUAAUCAACGUGAAGGUAAAUUCUCUGGUUGCACAGCUAUCAUUGCUUACAUCAAGGUGGUUGACGACAGACGCAUAUUAUAUACGGGCAAUGUGGGCGAUGCGCGCGCAGUGUUAUGUCGUCAGAAUAAGGCAGUGAGACUUUCGUAUGACCACAAAGGAUCGGAUAGCCAAGAAGCAAAACGUAUUAUGGAUUUGGGAGGAUUUAUGAUGAAUAACCGUGUAAAUGGAGUAUUGGCUGUGACAAGAUCAUUGGGUGAUAGUGUGAUGAAAGAAUUUGUUGUGGGUAAUCCAUUCACAACAGAGACAGAAUUAGGUCCCAACGAUGAGUUUAUGAUUUUAGCUUGUGAUGGUUUAUGGGAUGUUUGUGAAGAUCAAGAUGCAGUUGACCUCAUCAAAGAUAUGUCAGAUCCACAGGCUGCCAGUCAAAAAUUAUUAGAUCAUGCACUUGCUAAUUUCAGUACAGAUAAUUUGAGUAUCAUGGUGAUUCGUUUCAAUUAA